AUGGACCAAGCGACGUCCGCGUCCCCAGCGAUGACCUUCAGCAUCCUGGCAUCUACUGCUCCAAUCCUUGCCCCGCGAGUAGGAAAAUUAGCCAUUCCAGGGCGCAAGACCCUCGCAACGCCGCACCAUAUCCCGCUCACUUCGCGGGGCACAGUCCCACAUGUUGCGCACGAUGUGAUGCGCGACCACACUGAGAUCAACAGCUUAUAUGCUGGAUUAGAAGAUUUCAUCGCGAAAAAGGAACCCUCGGUUUACAGGACACCAGUCGCUGAUCACGAGUCGCCCUUGAAGAAAUUCAUCUGUGUGGCUGAGGAUAUGCCUCUGAUCCUAGGCCCGCGUCGAUUCCCUCCGAUCCCAUGCCCGCCCGCGAACACAAACACUUCCAUCGCGCUGCUAACAUCGGUCGGGUUCACCCAGUUAUCUGCGCAUGAUUAUGUGAAGGCGAUUCAGAAAUUGAGACCAGACAUUGCGGUCGGGAUGGUGGACCUGGCUAAUAAGCAGCCUGGGUCUAAGAGGCGAGGGAAGAUGGUUGACCGGACGCAUGCCUGGACACGCGAUGCAUUGGAGCAGCUCUACGGGGACGCUGUGGCAGAGAAAGACAAGUCAAAGAGCGCAUACUUCGCACCGGUACUGCCUCUUGAUAAUGCGCAGCAGUCUCUCUAUCUGGAUGAUUUGGAGAGCGAGUUCCGCUGGGAUAUAUCCGGCCUGGCGCUAUAUGAGUCUGCGUCACUGGAAUUCGUCCCAGAGUCGCUGGCGGGUCUGCCUCGGUUGCUCUUCAGCGAGCCCGAGACUCCCCACACUAUCCUGCGUGACAUAUCCCUUGGGGCAGACCUCCUGACUACACCUUUGCUCGGCGCGUCGUCGGACGGCGGCAUCGCGAUGGAAUUCGUCUUCCCAGCUCCAGCUGCCCUGCAAGAGGGCAAGUCUAAGCCUCAGCCUUUGGGAAUCGAUAUGUGGACCGCUGAUCACGCUACCGAUAUAUCUCCGCUGGGCGAGGGAUGUGAAUGCUAUACCUGCAAGAAUUACCAUCGUGCUUAUAUUCACCAUCUUCUCCUUGCUAAGGAGAUGACCGCUUGGGCGCUCCUUCAAGUCCAUAAUUUCCACGUCAUGGAUACCUUCUUCGCAAGAGUGCGGGAUAGUAUCCAACAUGGGUCCUUCGAGCAGGACGUGCAGACGUUUGCUCGUGUUUAUGCCUCUUCGAUGCCGGAGAGUAGUGGAGAAGGUCCUAGAUUACGCGGUUAUCAACUACCGGCCAACGGGCCUAACCAGCCCCGACGCAUGCCCAAGAUAUAUGGCGCUCUUGACGAUGCUAUACAGAAAUUCGCCGAUGCCCAGUCUGAAAUCGCUACCCCGGACACCGACGCGAGCGGGCUCGAGGAACACGGGUUUGCUGAGAAGUUGUGA